GGUGCAGCUUCAGCAGCUUUGAGCUCUUUAUUUCUCGCUCCUGUGUUUUUUUUCUUUAUAAGUCACGUUUUUCUCACGCUUGAUGUAAAACCUGCUCGCUUGCACCCCACCCCGCCCGCUGCCCGAGUCCCAGGCGCACCGUCGCGCUGAGUCUCGGGCGAUCAGAGCCGUGAGCAGGCGAGGCGGCCUAGUUACAGCGGGACUCUCGGGCCGUCCGAGCAGAGCGGGUUCAGAGCACAGUCCAGCUAAACUCAGGCUCGCCCAUCACUGUCGCAGCGACUCUGGCGCUGGGCAGCGAGGAAGGGCCCGUCUGGGGGAAUCCCUGCGCUCACGGUGCCCGCGCUCGGCCACUAGAGGGCGCUGCACUCCCCUCCACCUCCGCCGCUUGAGGGGGCGCUCGAGCUCCGUCUCCGCCCGCCGCCAUCUUGGAGACCCCGAGUCUGGUAACAACAGCCGGCGAGAAGGGACGCGUCAAUAUGGAAUUUAAAUAUCAGGAAUAAACAUCUUUUCUUCCACGCUCGCUCGUUUCCCUGUCCGUGAGCCGAUAUCGAAGCAGCGGGGAGCCGUGGGUGUUCCGGGACGAGUCGCCCCGUUACAGACGGAGGCCGGAGGGAGCGAGAGACCGAGCACCGAGCCCCGGGACCGGAGGAGCGGCUCACGGCGCAACAUGCAAGCCCGCUGAAUUACUAAAAUUUCGUCGCCUUUUCUCUUUCGCACUGAAGAUCUACGGCGGCGGCGGCGGCGGCGGAGGAGCCUGGUGUUCGCUGUACAAAAAAAGGAGUUUCCUUUUCGGAUUCCUGCUCUCCCCCUUCUGCAAAUCGCAUCAGUAAUAACCAAGAGAAGCGAUAAUAACGCGUUUGAAACAUGUCUUCGAAUUGCACCAGCGCUGCGCCGGUGAGCGCCAGCAAAACCAAAACAAAAAAGAAACAUUUCAUAGGCCAGAAAGUGAAAUUAUUCCGUGCCAGCGAGCCCAUCCUCAGCGUUUUAAUGUGGGGGGUCAAUCACACGAUCAAUGAGUUGAGCAACGUGCCUGUCCCAGUCAUGCUGAUGCCUGAUGAUUUUAAAGCCUACAGCAAGAUCAAAGUGGACAACCACCUAUUCAACAAAGAGAACCUGCCCAGCCGGUUCAAGUUUAAGGAGUACUGUCCCAUGGUGUUUCGCAACCUGAGAGAGAGGUUCGGGAUCGAUGACCAGGACUACCAGCAGGCCCUGUCCAAGCUGUGGUCCCUGCAGCUCAGCUUGUGCGGCCAGAACUCCCUCACGAGGAGCGCCCCGAUAAACAGCGAUUCCCAGGGGCGCUUCGGCACCCGCUUCCUCACCACCUACGACCGCCGCUUCAUCAUCAAGACCGUGUCCAGCGAAGACAUCGCCGAGAUGCACAACAUCCUUAAGAAGUACCAUCAGUUCAUCGUCGAGUGCCACGGCAACACGCUGCUGCCUCAGUUCCUGGGGAUGUACCGGCUGACCGUGGACGGGGUGGAGACCUACAUGGUGGUGACGAGGAACGUGUUCAGCCACAGGCUCAGCGUUCACCGCAAGUAUGACCUGAAGGGCUCAACGGUGUCGAGGGAAGCCAGCGAUAAGGAGAAGGCCAAGGACCUGCCCACCUUCAAAGAUAACGACUUCCUGAACGAGGGACAGAAGCUGCACAUUGGGGACGACAACAAGAAGAUCUUCCUGGAGAAGCUGAAACGAGAUGUGGAGUUCCUAGCCACCCUGAAGAUCAUGGACUACAGUCUCCUGGUGGGAAUCCACGACGUAGAGCGUGCGGAGCAGGAGGAGAUGGAGGUGGAGGAACGAGGGGAGGAGGAGGAGUACGAGAACGAUGGGAUGGGGGGUGCACUGGGCACCGGCUCCUUCGGGACUCCGCCUGACAGUCCUGGAAACCCACUCAACUUCCCAGGUUUCUUCGGGCCGGGAGAGUUUGACCCAUCAGUGGAUGUUUACGCCAUUAAGAGCCAUGAGAACUCCCAGAAGAAAGAGGUGUACUUCAUGGCCAUCAUCGACAUCCUCACGCACUAUGACGCCAGGAAGAAAGCCGCCCACGCUGCCAAAACUGUCAAACACGGGGCCGGAGCUGAGAUUUCCACAGUGAACCCUGAGCAGUACUCCAAACGAUUCUUCGAGUUCAUGUCCAACAUUCUGUCGUAGUACCACCGACCCCCCCCCCCGCCCGCUCCACAGACACGCCCCCCACCCGCCUCCCCUGUCCCCCUUGCUGGUGUCCCGCCUCCCGAAGACGCACGACAUUCGGAGACCGGAGCGGCAGGAGACCGCCACGAGGAAUAAAGGAAAGAGAGGAUUUCGUCGCAGCGCCUGGGACCCUGAGGCAGCACGCGCAUGCGUAAGCAGUGUGGCGCCAUGGCGCCUCCUACAGGGCCAGGUGAGGAGGGCAGGAGAGGCAUCAGCCCUGAACUCUUGUCACCGAUGCCUUGGGGUGUCUGAUCACGGUCGCUUCAGCAGUAAGAGUCCGGUCUUGUUAUUUUGGGGUUUUGUUGUAUUUUUUUUCACAUUGCUUUCUUUCAUGUUCUUUUUAAUGUGUUUUAACACUCGCGCCAAGAGCAUGGUGUCCUUACAGCCCCUUUGACAAAGAGGAAAAAGCCCUUGUUCAUCCACAGUAACAAUUAAAGCCACUGGAACCCUAUGAGAACUGCAGCUAGUUUAAAAAGAAAAGUAAAAAAUAUAUAAAUAUAUAAAUAAAUGUAUAAAAUAUUAACUGAGUGAAGCAUGUCUGAUGUGUAAACAGUGUAACUGUCAUUCUAAUUCCACCUCCCAGCUGAAGGUCUAAGCACUGAUCUUAGGUUCCUAAAUAUCCUUAAACUUGUUUCAUUGUCGUUGCUCAAAACAUUGAGUUGCCAUAUGUUUUUAAAAGCUCAGAACAGCUGCAUCUUUUAUCAAUAAAAAUAAAAGUUAACCAGAGGGGAAAAACAGCAAUUUAAACAAAAGAAUGAGUUUUAUUACAGAGUAUGAAUCAAUGUUUUAUAUAUUGUUUACAUUAAAAUAUGUAGCAUUUUUUGUGUUUGUAUACAGUAUUGUUUUACCAGCGAAUGUUAGAAUGGUUACUUGAAAUUUAUGCAUUGCAUAGUAAAGGGAGUUUCUGUUUCUUUUCUGUUUUUGAGCGCAGGGCUCUUGGCUGUCCCAGCGGGAGGUCCUCGCUGUGUUACUUUGCAAAAUAAAGUUUGUGGAAGAAUUUUACCUCAGCAGAUAGCUGAUGCCCCGAGCUCUAUUAUUCCUUCUGCUCUGGUUUACAAGAGCACCAGAAUAGAAAGGUUGUGAAGUGAAAUCUGUGAGCCCAGGCGUGUCCUGGAGCGCUGUGCAUCCUUGCGGAAUGCACUGGGAGACAGAAAUGAAGUGGGAAUUCCACAGGGAGGCAGACUACACACUUGACAAAAUGACAACCACAGAGCAUCUGGGCAACAGAGAGUCCAUAGACUUCCAGAGUCUAGGGAUAAAGGGACACAGGCUGUCCCUCUACCCUGAGUCUCCUCUACCCUGAGGACAGCGCUGGUCCACAGUCUCCUCUACCCUGAGGACAGCGCUGGUCCACAGUCUCCUCUACCCUGAGGACAGCGCUGGUCCUGUCCUUUCCAGCCUGUGCAGUGAUCCAGCUCUCUGCUCGUCCCUCUUCAUAUUCAUGGGUACAAUAGGAUUUAACCACCUGUGAGGGUUGUGAGUUCCAAGCACACUGCUCUAUUUAAGGUGCUCCUAAAGUGAGUCAGAAGGAUGAGUUUUUAGCCUCCCUGCUUUCCCAUGAGCAUCUCUGCUGGGCCUCAGGGAGUCGUUUGGCAAGCUACACAUUUCCUCUUGUUGAGUCAAUGUAGAUCGUGCAGUUUUGCCACCCUAGUGUUGCUAAGCGUAGUGCAGUCUUGGGACAGAAAUUUUGCUCAGCAUUGAGAAGGCAAAUUCUUAGUAAAAAUGUUUCAACGACGGCAUGGGUUUUGCAUGGACGGCCAGUAUCAUGUGGCACAUUGCUGGAGGUAGGAGCUGAAGAAUUUGUGGGUGGGGCUUGAUUUGUAAAGACCGAUACAGUCUCAAUUAGGAUCGAAGCUUUAAAGCACAAUCGGCAUUUUCCAGGAGUCUGUUACCAAAAACACUGUAAAAGUGAUGUAACUUCAGGUUCAUGUGCUAAUUCUCUAUGAGAUGUCGCUCUUCUGUCACAGUGCCUCUGACCUGGAACUGCUUGCUUGACAAGUUACCCUUCUGCUCCACAGCAAGCUGUUCUUUCACACCAUGCUGGCUGGUUUGUAAUCCACUCUUGUUAGACGAUCUUACAGGUUUACAGUCGGACAGACUUCAGGAAGCUCUUGUCACCCCCUCACACAGUUCCUGGAAGCUGGUUUUAAAGUGUUUCUAUUGUCUGUAAAUGAGUGUUUUUGUUUUUAUUCCCUCCCCUGUCCCCAGCCCUUUCUUUACUACGGGAUGUUGAAAAUAAAAUGAACAGUCAGAACAUC